AGCAUCCUGCCUGCCCAACAAUGUGGAUUGGAUUGGGAAACAAGUGCUUUUAUUUUUCUGAAGAAACAGGAAACUGGACAUUCAGCCAAACUUUCUGUGACUCAUUGGAAGCUAAUCUUGUUCAGAUUGACACUGAAGACGAACUGAAAUUUCUGAAAAGAUACAAAGGCCCUCAUGAUCAUUGGAUAGGCCUUAGCAGAGAAUCGCCAAGUGACGCUUGGAAAUGGACAAGUAAUACUGGAGGCAACGUUGUGUUUCAUGUCAGAGGAACUGGAGAAUGUGCCUACUUGAAUGACAAUGGUGUGAGUAGUGCCAGGAUUUACUCAGAAAAAAAAUGGAUUUGUAGCAAACCCAAUGUCUCCACCUGUCAAAUUGCUUCACACUCAUGA